AUGAAGGCAGAGAAGCUCAGUGGCCGGGCCCUCGGAGGCGCAUUGCUUGAGCGCGUUAAACGCGAGGUGGCUCUUCUUCGUCACCCACCGAGCCUUGCGGUUGUCGUUGUUGGUAACCGGCAUGACUCACUGCGGUACGUUGCGGUGAAGCAGCGAACAGCCGAGGCGUGCGGUAUUCGCUUCCAACUUUUUAGGUUUCCCGAAACUGUCUCAGAGGGGCGGUUACACCAAGAACUCCGCCACAUCAGUGGGGAUGAUGCAUUUGACGGGGUUCUUCUGCAGCUGCCGCUUCCCUUACACGUUUGUGUGCGUCCUGCUCUCCUGUGUAUUCACCCUGGCAAGGAUGUGGACGGCCUUCACCCACUUAAUGCAGGAAACCUUUUUCUGCAUUCCAACCCUGUCUAUGAGGAGGCCGUUCAAAAAAACUCCUUGACUGAGAAGGACGGGUCACUGGCAACACAUCUUCUGAAUGAAGGACGCUACUUCAUUCCCUGUACGGCGCUGGCAGUACGUGCACUGCUUUUCUCGUAUUUGGAAAGGAAGGCGGCGGCCGUGCUUGUGCCUUCUGCGAAUCCUAGAGAUUUGCACGUUGUGAUCAUCAACAAGAGCAUGGUGGUUGGUGUCCCGACAGCUGCGUUGCUACAGAGGGAGAAUAACUUCAUGGUGACACUUUGCAGCCGUUCCAACGAUCUUGAGGCGGUGAAGCAGGUGAGCCGGCAUGCUGACGUUCUGGUGACUGCUAUUGGUAUACCGCGUGUGGUGACGGCGGACUUUGUGAAACCUGGAGCCAUCGUGCUAGAUGUGGCAAUCAACGAGUACCCUUCUUUUGGAGGAAGGACGCCGUCUGGUCGUCGGCGCGUGUGCGGCGACGUGGACGUGGCGUCUGUGAGGGAAAAGGCGGCCGCAUUUACUCCAGUACCAGGGGGUAUUGGGCCCUUGACGGUUGCGUACCUGAUGCGAAACACACUCAAGGCUGGCAUCCUGGCUGAAAACGGCAUAAACCUUUUCCCCCCCGAUGCCUUCGCGCGGGAGGGUGCGACGUAA